AUGUUUUCAUCUCACAGGUUAUGGCUUUGUUUGUGAAACUGGAAAACACAAAUAACGUGUGUUUAAAGUUCAGGUGUAACCACUUGCACUCACAGCACGUCCUGUUCCUAGUUUGUCUGUAUUCUUGGCGGGUCGACUGAUGAAAUAAUUCUGGAUCCAUACCCAACCUUAUUAUUCUUGCUCAAUUGAAGAUUAUGGGCACGUGAAAAGUUGAGCAGCUGGUUAGCCGGGGCUCGUCACCGCGUCACGCAGCGUCUCCGCUCUGAUUGGUCCGCUCUUGUGCAACUGUGCAGCCGUAUAAACUCAGCAGUUUGAAGGAGUUGGCUGUAUCUCCUGCGCCGGUCUCAGUGGGUGGAAAGUCUACUGAGUUAAGGGAGGGAAAGGCUUCACCAGUUUCUGCACGCUUGUCUCGCAGUGUGAUUUAGAGAUGCAGAGCUGCGCCAAGUCCUGGGGGGUCUUUUUGGCCAAGUCGGUGAAUCCCGGCGCACCGCGCAGGCAUUUGAGCGAUAAGAGCCGCGUGGUUUGGAAACUUCAGUGCAAGAUCCGAAACAGCUGCGCAUCCCUAACAACAUCAGCCCGGGCUCUGAGGACCUCUGCAGCCGUCUCCUCCAGGCAGAUAGAAAGGAUUUUACCCAGACAUGAUGAUUUUGCUGAGCGCCACAUCGGUCCAGGUGAGAAGGAGAAGAGAGACAUGCUGGAUGUUCUGGGACUCGAGUCAGUCGACCAGUUGAUUGAAAACACAGUACCAUCUUCUAUCCGUCUGCAGAGGAGCUUGAAGAUGGAUGAUCCAGUCUGUGAGAAUGAAGUUCUGGAGUCCCUUCAAAAGAUUGCAUCAAAAAACAAAGUAUGGAGGUCUUACAUCGGCAUGGGUUACUACAACUGCUCCGUACCGCCGCCCAUCCAGCGCAACCUCCUGGAGAAUGCAGGCUGGGUCACUCAGUACACCCCUUACCAGCCUGAGGUCGCUCAGGGUCGCCUGGAGUCUCUUCUCAACUACCAGACCAUGAUCUGUGACAUCACAGGCAUGCCUGUGGCUAACGCCUCUCUGCUUGAUGAGGGAACUGCUGCUGCUGAGGCCAUGCAGCUCUGUCACAGACAAAACAAAAGAAGAACCUUCUACGUUGACCCACGCUGCCAUCCCCAGACUAUUGCUGUAGUGCAGACCAGAGCUAACUAUAUUGGGGUAAAAACGAUUCUAAAGCUGCCUCAUGAGAUGGACUUCAGUGGACAAGAUGUGAGCGGUGUGCUGUUUCAAUAUCCAGACACUGAUGGCAGAGUGGAAGACUUCACUGCGCUCGUAGAUCGAGCACACAAGGGCGGGGCCCUGGCUUGCUGUGCCACAGACCUAUUGGCACUGUGUGUGCUACGUCCCCCUGGAGAAUUUGGUGUUGAUAUCGCACUGGGCAGUUCCCAGCGGUUUGGGGUUCCUCUUUGCUACGGCGGUCCACAUGCUGCCUUUUUUGCGGUUAGAGAAAACCUGGUCCGGAUGAUGCCUGGCAGAAUGGUUGGAGUCACAAAAGAUGCAGCUGGUAAAGAAGUGUAUCGUCUUGCACUGCAGACCAGAGAGCAGCACAUCCGCAGAGAUAAGGCAACCAGCAACAUUUGCACUGCGCAGGCUCUGCUGGCCAAUAUGGCUGCUAUGUAUGCACUGUAUCAUGGCCCCCAGGGACUAAAACACAUUGCGAAGAGGACACAUGGUGCUGCUUUGAUCCUUGCAGAAGGUCUGAAGAGAGCGGGACACCGGCUGCAGAGCGAAAUGUUCUUUGACACACUAAAGAUCAGCUGUAGCGUGGCUGCCAAAGAUAUCCUGGAGAGAGCUGAGCAGAGGAAGAUAAACCUGCGAGUCUACGCCGAUGGAGUGUUGGGCGUCUCUCUCGAUGAAACGGUGACUGAGAGGGAUUUGGAUGACUUGCUCUGGGUCUUUGGCUGUGAAUCUUCUGCUGAGCUGAUAGCUGAAAAGAUGGGCGAGCGGGUGAAGGGGAUCAUGGGAAGUCCUUUCAAGAGGACAAGCAAAUACCUUACACACCAGGUCUUCAACAGUUACCAUUCUGAGACCAACAUUGUGAGAUAUAUGAAGCGUCUGGAGAAUAAGGACCUCUCCUUAGUCCACAGCAUGAUACCCCUGGGCUCCUGUACCAUGAAGCUAAACAGCUCAUCAGAGCUCAUGCCCAUCACAUGGAGGGAGUUUGCCAACAUCCAUCCUUUCGUGCCCCUGGAUCAGGCAGAGGGCUACCAGAAACUCUUCAGACAGCUGGAGAAAGACCUCUGUGAGGUGACAGGCUAUGACAAGAUCUCGUUCCAGCCAAACAGUGGUGCUCAGGGAGAAUAUGCAGGCCUGGCUGCCAUAAAAGCCUACCUGAACUCAAAGGGGGAGAGUUCAAGAAGUGUUUGUCUAAUCCCCAAGUCUGCACACGGGACCAACCCAGCAAGCGCUCAGAUGGCAGGAAUGAAGGUUCAAGUGGUGGAGGUGGAUAAGGAUGGCAACAUCGAUCUGUCUCACCUGAAGGCCCUGGUGGACAAACACAAGGCAAACCUGGCAGCCAUGAUGAUCACCUACCCCUCCACCUUUGGUGUGUUUGAAGAGCAUGUCGGAGACGUUUGUGACCUUAUUCACAAAAACGGUGGCCAAGUGUACCUGGAUGGCGCCAACAUGAAUGCCCAGGUUGGCUUGUGUCGUCCUGGAGAUUACGGGUCGGAUGUUUCUCACCUAAACCUGCACAAAACCUUCUGCAUCCCUCACGGUGGAGGAGGGCCCGGCAUGGGGCCAAUUGGAGUGAAGGCGCACCUUGCCCCCUUCUUACCGAGCCACCCGGUGGUUUCCAUGCAGUCAGUGAACAUCAGCAGCUCACUGGGCACCAUCAGCGCAGCUCCCUGGGGCUCCAGUGCCAUCCUGCCAAUCUCCUGGGCUUACAUUAAGAUGAUGGGAUCCAGGGGACUGCGGCACGCUACAGAAGUGGCCAUCCUUAAUGCCAACUACAUGGCCAAGAGGCUGGAAGGUCACUAUAAAAUCCUUUACAGAGGCAGGAAAGGUUUUGUAGCCCAUGAGUUCAUUCUGGACGUGAGGCCAUUCAAGAAGACUGCUAAUAUUGAGGCUGUUGACGUGGCCAAGAGGCUGCAGGAUUAUGGUUUCCAUGCACCCACUAUGUCUUGGCCAGUGGCAGGCACUCUUAUGAUUGAGCCUACAGAAUCGGAAGACAAGGCUGAGAUGGACCGUUUCUGCGACGCCCUGCUAGCCAUCAGACAGGAGAUCGCAGAAAUCGAGGAGGGAAGGAUGGACUCGCGCAUCAACCCACUUAAGAUGGCCCCUCACUCUUUGGCGUGCAUCUCAACAUCCAGCUGGGACAGACCCUACUCCAGGGAGUGUGCUGCCUUCCCCUUGCCCUUCAUAAAACCUGAGACCAAAUUCUGGCCAAGCAUCUCCAGGAUCGAUGACAUCUAUGGCGACCAGAACCUCAUGUGCACCUGCCCACCCAUGGAGGUGUAUGAGUCUCCAUAUGAGGAGAAGAGAGCCUCCUCCUAGAUACUCUCUGUGGCUCAGUCCCAUUGUCCAGCCAGCACACAAAACCUCCAAUUUUAAACAUCUGUGAUUUUUAUAGAAGUUCUAUAUAGUGGUAAAUUUCCUCAAAACCUGCACUAGGGUUCUGAAAUCUCCAGGGAGACCCUCGAGUAUCAGAUUUUUAACAGUGAAGCAGAUCUGAGCUGCCGCUGAUGUAACGGGUGGAAAAGAGUGCGAGGUGGAUGAUGGGACUGGCCUCUCUCUGACUGCACCCUUUUUGUGGGGUUGUAGGCUUUUGCCCUGACUUGAACUACUCAAAUUGACCAAAGGUGUGACUUAUUGCUAUUCCAAGCUUGCAAAAAUAAGCGCACCAUUCAACACAGAGGCCGCUCCAUAGCCCACCUCUGAAAUGCUGUACUUUAAGCCAAGUGCAGAUAAUGUGACAUCUGUAAUUGCUCUUGGUGCCUCUGUUCUGUGUAAAAUAGCUGCUUUCAUUUCAACUUUUUUUUUUUUUUUUUUAAACUGUCAGUAUAGGAGUAAUUAAGCCUUUUUUGUAACACUUUAUAAUAACCAUCAAUUGAAUGAUUAAUUGAUAAUUAAACUUUAUGAUUCUGUUAAGCUGUGAACUUAACAUGUAUGUAAACAGUCAUCUGGAUGGCAAUUGUAAAGUCUGAAAUGUUUAUACUAGUUGUUUUACAGAGUAAGUAGGCAAGUGAGAUGUCGAUGGAGUAAACGCUGUAGACUGUAAAUAUGGAGGUCGUACAUUUUCCUGCUUCACUGGCAAUUUGGUUUUGUUUUCAGCAUCUCCAACAUCCUGGUUUUUGCUUUGCUGGCAGUUUGGUUCAGUUUAAGCACCAAACGCGCACCAGCGGGUUUGAUUAAACAGCAGUAUUUUAUGAUUAAUUUGUGUGAUAAAUAAAAGAAUCUUGUAAAUAACAGCCAUUACGUUGUUUGAUGGUAAGUUAAUUAAACAUUACACAAUAUCAGGUCACAAGUGAUGGUUAUUUUAAGGUGUUACUUUUUUGUGAAUAUAUCUCUUUUAUUUGAAAAUGUUUUUAAUGUAGUAACCAAGUAGGUAGUCCUAAUUUAAAAUCAGUUUUUCUAAUCUAAAGUAUUUGUCUGUAGGAAAAAUGAAUGUAUUAAAAGCAUUCUCUCCAAAGUG